CUUCCAAACACUCGGGCGUGGCAUGGUCUGUCGUGGACAUCCCAUCCGUGGAAAUAAUGCCAUUGCACAUCUAUAUAGCUCACACCGGCGAGCAGCUCUUCGCUGAUCCGGUAUCAUUUGCCUCUCCGGACGCCUUGCGAGCAUGGAUAUCUCGAAAUACGUCCAUUCCGCCCCAAAGGCAGAUCCUAAUGACUGCCCGCGGCAAAAACGUGAAGCUCCAAAGUCUCGCCACGGAAAAUGAAAUAUAUGUAUAUGAUAGACAAUUUGUGAGCGAACAAGGCGCCGGUGGACUUCCAGAGCUACCGUCCCCCGAACCAUUCCAUCCCGAAAAUCCUCCCGAUACUCUCGCGAACCAGAACAGUCUACAAGCAUGGAAGAACCUCUACAUGGCGCGUAGGACAUGGGCCUUGGACCUCACCACAAAAUGCACCCAAAUUGCCAAAUCCAUCGAUUUGAAUAAUGAGAGAACCGGUGUCAUCUAUCAGAGUGUUGGCGUGGCUUUAGAGAACUUGAAGUCUCACGUCGGCAACCUUGAACAGAAGCUUCAAGAGGCACAGACUUGGGCGAACGAUCUUUUAAAGGAACAGCAACUUGCAUUGGGCGGCUGGCAACGCAGCCUCGUUGAUCUCGAAACUAUCCCGGCCAAAAAACAGUUUCCAUUCUUACGGAGGUCGUCAACUACUAAGAAAGCAGCGGAUGGCGUGAAUGGGACGUUAAGCGAUUAUGUUGAUGCGGAGCAAACGACGCGCGCGGCAUCCCAGGUUUCGACACUCUCGACGAAGUUCUCCCGUCGCAUGGAUGAAAUUGAAAAGGCGGUGGGAGAUGUGGCUUACCAAACUGGGACCUUAAUACAAGACGCCCAGCCCCCUCCGAUGGAGAAUUCUAGUGGCCCCUUGGAAGAAAUCGAAACCAUCUCUAAGAAGAUUAGUUCCGAUUACGAGCACGUCCUUGGCCUCCCUAGCACUGCGAAGACGCUUUCGAGCAUAUCCCGAAUGGCGCUAAACCAUACCGAAGACCUUUUACCAUCCAUGGUAGAAAUAUCCCUAGAAAUGCAGAACGGCUUAAUUCAAGCAGUGAGAAACCGAAAUCUUGCCAUGAAGAUGUCGGUGCGGCAAAUGCAAAGGAUAUCUGCUAUAGAGUCACGCCUUGCAAGCGUACAAGCCGAAAUAGCAAAUUUGGAUAUUGAUGGAGAUUCUUUUGAUGUCCUUUGCAUGGUAUUCCAUAUCCCUGUUGUUUACGGGUCUGUCCUUAUUGAAGCGGUACGGCGCCGUGAAUGGUCUGAGAAGAUGAAAAUAGACUCAUCGACCUUGGCCGAGGAACUAGCGAUCUUUCGAGAUGAAGAACAGCGUCGAAGGAAGAAGUGGAUAAAGAGUAUGGGAGACUUCGUUGCUGUUACAGAAGACGGAACGCCUGGGGUAGAAGUCAACUUGCAGAACGGAAAGGGCCCUGAGUGGCCCCAGGUGUCUCGCGCCGAUAUAGAAUCGUACCUCCAGGAUAUCAAAGGAAAGGACGGAAUGGAGCUCACGGUCCAAGAAUUGACACAACUUUACAAAGAGUUGGAUGCGCCUACAAGACAACAGAGACGAAGGGCAAAGGCCUUCAAGCAUGGCAGUGUCAUCGAUAUGGGUCGCAGCUCCCUCCUAAUGCGCGGGGACGAGAUGGUACGUAGCCUGAGGGAAGAGAAGAUCAAGCUUGAGGAAAAGCUGAAAGGAUCUGAAAGCCGUGUUCGAAGGCUUGAGGACCUUCUUCACCGCUCAAGUCAACUGAGUCGGCCUGCCAGCGGGCACUUUGCAACAGAUGUACCCAUGUCUCCAGCGUCACCACAUCCAGAUCCCGUAUCAAGAAGAUCCUCCAUAUCUUCACGACGGAUGUCGUCUAACCACCCACCAGAAGACAAGACCCUAGCCCAACGAAUUAUGGGAUUGGAAGCCGAGUUGGCUACAGAACGGGAAAACAUUGCUAAGCUUCAGCGCGAGGCUCACGAGGAACGUCAGUCCACCGUUGACAAGAUGGAAGAAGUGCAGUCCACAAAGAAAGACCUAAUGCACAACCUAGAAUCCAAGCAACGGGAGUUCGAGAGUGAGCGCAAGUUCCUUGAGUCAGAAGCAAAUAAGCUGAAAAUCAGACUUGAAGAGAUGGAGGAGGAGCUUGACAGGGCAAUGGACAGCCGGGAUCAGGAAAAGCACGAAGCUGAAGAGAAGAUCGAGCAGCUCCAAUCGAAGCUAGAUAAGGCUCUGGUAGCCGUUGAAGAAGCGGAGAGGCUUCGAACACAGAUCCAGAAUCAACACUCCGAAUCAUCGAAAUUUGACGCUGAAAAGAAGGAGCUAUUAGAUCGCAUCGAAAAGAUGGAUAAGGUCCAGGAAGACCACGUCGGUCUGUUGCGGGCUGUCCAUCUUCAACUUUCUCCCAGCGGAGCUCCUCCGACAGACUUUCCCCAACUUGUCAAGGCAAUUGAUGUUCUUUCGGAGGGUCUUGCUAUACAUGCCAGGGGCUCAGAUAAGAAAGCAGCGGACCUCGCUGAAGAAAAUCAAGUGCUAUUAGAGAAAGUGUCCCAGAUUGAAUCUGAGGUUGAAAGGCUCAAUCAAAAACUUGAGUCAGAAAAGUUGGCAAAGAAACGUGCGCUGGAACUGUUAGAUCACGAGAAACUGAGUCACCAAGGAGUUCAAUCUGAGCUGAAGGAAGAGCGUAAACGGCUGAGAACACUGGAGUCCAAACUGGCGGCCGGAGAGACUCGGACGGAGGUAUUAAAAGAACGGAUUGCUGAAGAGGAGAAGAAAGUUUCUACACUUAUAGAAAAACUUGCCAAUGUCGACUCAAAGACCUAUUUUUUUGAAGAGGAACGGUUGGAAUGGAAGCGCAACCUGGAGAAGCUCGAAGAAACGGAAAGAAAUUAUAAGUCGUAUCUUUCGGCGAAGAGCGUGUGGGCCAGCGAUAUCUCCAAGAGACUCUCUGCUCAUAUUGAGUUGAUGGCGAAGAUGCUCCAGCAAUUAGGCUUUACGAUUGUUUUUCAGAAUGAAGAGAUGACGAUCCAGCGAACAUCGAAGGUGACUGGAAGCUCUAUUCUUGCGGACAGCGUCGUGUCAUCUUCUGGGUUCCUACCGUCGAUUGAAAUUCCGCAGCUUUUAUUGUGGGCUCACUCUGCCAAUAGGGAAGAAGAAUCGUCAAAGUAUAAUGCAUUUAUGGCAGCCAUCGACAAAUUCGAUCUCGACACCUUCGCUGAGACUAUUGUCAAACGUGUCAAGGAUAUCGAGACCGUUGCUCGAAAAUGGCAAAAGGAGGCCCGCUCUUCGCGCGAAAAAUACCACCGUGCGCAAAAUGAUGCUCAUGAAAAAAUAGCAUAUCGUUCAUUCAAAGAAGGCGACCUGGCUUUGUUUUUGCCAACGCGCAACCAGGCAAUCAGGUCGUGGGCUGCCUUUAAUGUUGGCGCUCCACACUACUUUCUUAGGGAGCAAGAUGUGCAUAGAUUACACACUCGUGACUGGCUUCUUGCACGAAUUUCGAAAAUUGAAGAGAGGGUUGUCGACCUCUCGAAAACUCUGAAUGGUAUCAAUCAGGACAAGCGUUCCAUUGACGCAAGCGAUGGUGCAUCCAUCGAAGACGACAAUCCAUUCGAGCUGUCCGAUGGUCUACGAUGGUAUUUGCUCGAGGCAUCCGAAGAAAAGCCCCGUGCUCCUAGUACACCAGGACUUGGGAAGAGUACUGUUGCAUCGGCACACGUCGAUGCAAAGGGAAGUAUUCGCCUGAGGGGUGCUUCCAAUGGAGGUGGAGCAACCAAAACCCUAGCAAGGAGUCUGGAUAGUCGAAGAAAUAGUUUCGCUUCUAAGAAAGGCGCUCCUGUCACAACUUUACCACGUGGAGAAUCAUCAGGCGGUGAUAAUGUGGUGCCUGCGGAAGGAGAUCUGGGUGAUCAAGCUCGCAGGGAGGAAGCACCCAUUUUUGAUGAGGUUCGCAGAGACCUAUUAUCUGGACCCUCGAAUUUGACAUGAUGUGAUUUUAUAACUUUCCACGCUGCACAUUUCUCGCGCUUGAUAUGUGUAGACUGAUUAUUUUGCUGGGAAACUAGGGCUUGGGACGCCAGGGGAAAGAUACGAAUUCUGGCCCUCCGGGAGCCGCCAUUCGAAACGAUGAUAUGUCGAGAAGCAGCCCAUUGCCCUCUCCACGCACUCCAUCCGGUACGCGGUCAUUUAAACCGCGUCCAUGGGAGAGAUUGUUCUCCCUGGAAUAUCGGUCUGAUAGUCCGGGAAAGCGGUAACUAAUGAAGCUGAGCGGGAUAGGUGAGAGUCUCAUAAGUUCUGAUGUUUGGGGGAAGCCUUCAUCUUGCUCCUUUGCUUACACUUUUACAACAGCAUCUCAGUUUUAUUGUUCUUGCAUUGUUAUGUCCUCUUUUUACCAUUUUUCUCUCAUUUAGGGGGGGUUUAUGCGGCGAUGAUACCCAUCUAUAUACCUUCGAUACUCCAGUCGCUCCAUUUGAUUGCAUAGAAGCUGACUAUCGUUUUUUUUGAUGCGUAUUCUCACUGUUAUAUUCUGAUAUUAAUUCCACACUCUGGUGCAUCAACGAGGCAUUGGAUGGUUUUGGUGCCUUUAUCUAUUAAUUCUGGGCAAGCCUGGGCGUAUAUGUAUAUAGAAGUCUAGGGCAUCGUACUAUGAUGUUAUGCUUUCGCA